AUGAGUAGUAAAGCUAAUUCCAUAAUAAGUUCUUUUCAAGAGGUCUUGAGUAGAACUUCAUCUAGAUCAGAAGAUCAAGGAAGUCGCAGUCAGGCCAUUUCUCCCCGAGAAAAAAAGCUUUUAAGAAAACUUGAUUGGCGUAUUGUUCCUUGGAUCUUUAUCCUUUAUUUUCUCAGUGUUGAAGACCGUGCAAAUGUUGGUUAUGCCAUGACAAUGAACAAACAAGCAGGCCAUACAAUGGCUCAGACAGUCGGUCUAGAUUCCAGCCAGAACAAUAUUGGUCUGGGUCUCUUUUACGUAGCUUAUAUUAUCUUUGAAGUACCUUCCAACCUUAUUAUGACACACGUGAAUCCAGCCUUUUGGAUUGCACGUAUUAUGAUUACAUGGAGUAUUGUAACCGGAUGUUUGGCAGCUAUUACAAAGCCAUGGCAUUUCUACCUCCUGCGAUUCUUGCUGGGUGUCUUUGAAGCUGGUUUCUGGCCAGGGAUCACAUACUAUACAACCCUCUGGUAUCGUCCCAACGAAAUAUCUUCUCGUAUUGGCGUUACAUAUCUGGCAGGACCAGCAUCAGGUGCAUUUGGUGGAUUAAUCUCGGCUGCCAUUCAAUUGAUUGACACCAAGGGUGGUCUUUACGGUUGGCAAUGGUUGUUUGUAAUAUCUGGUAUCUUGUCUGUGAUAUUUGGUGUGGCCACAAUAUGGUAUCUGCCAUCCAAACCAGAGGCCUCGACAAAGUUCUUGGAUGAAGAAGAGCGUGCUCUCAUACGUCGUAGAUUAGGAAUGGUCCCCCAGGGACUUCCUCAAGAGACCGAAACACGUCUUCCCGCAAAAGGAGAUCUUCAUCAAAUAUUUGUGCAACUGACGGAUUACAAAGUGUGGCUUUUCUGUGUAUUAUACUUUACACCUGUCAUGGCUGCCACAUCCCUUGGAUACUUUCUGCCAAGAAUUGUACAGGAGAUUGGAACUUACACAUCAAUUCAAGUCAGUUUGAUGAGCAUUCCACCUUAUGUAUUCGGCGGUAUUAUGGUUUAUAUUAUCACUCGCCUAAGUGACCGUUACGAAGAUCGUGGAUGGUUUAUUAUCGGGACUUCUCUUGCUUCCUUUGUUGGAUUCACAAUCCUCAGUUUUGGUGGCCCAGUAGGUUUACGCUAUUUCGGUUUGAUGAUUGUAGCCGGCGGUACUUACCCAACCGUACCAUUGAGCAUGGCAUGGACAGCCAAUUCGAAAGAAGGAGCAACGGCUGUUGCUACUGCUACCGGAAUUGUUUCUUCUAUUGCAAACUUUGGUGCUCUUGUUUGUACAUUUGCUCUCUAUUCGGGAUGGCCCGCAGAUGCUCCUCGAUACGUUGGAUCUAAUAUGAUUAACGGAGGUGCCAUGUUGGUAGCUGCCGUUUGUGCCCUUAUCCUAAAGUUGAAAUUCACUAGCUUGAACAAGGUGAUCGAUGCAGGUGGAAAGGUUGGCAGUGGUGGCAGAGACUUUAAAUAUCUCUUGUAAAUCCAAUAUUAUGAUUAUUGAAUGGCACGAUUGACUCGUAUAUUACUUAUUUAUUUAUCUAUAUUAUUAUUAUUAUUAUCUUCUUCUUUAAUAUUAAUCUUUUUAAACAUAUUUUUUUUUAUUAAAAACCAACAUCUGUACCAAUUGGCUAACUAUUAUAUAGAAAUAUGUUAUAUAAUGUAUAUAUGAAUGUAUUAUUAUUAUUAUUAUUAUUAUUUAUUGAGUAAAAAUGAAUUUAUUGAC